UUCGUCCGCCUUUGAGCGUGUACAUUCUAGUACUGCGACCAUCGGAACAUAAGAUUAGUGUCAUCUGUUUGCUUACAACGAGAUCGAUCCCUACAGCAAAAUAUUUGUUUAGUCCCAGUAUGCUGUGCUGAUGACGAACCUACACGCUUGUUGCUCUAAAUGUGCUUCUAAUUCUCAGAACCUCCGCUCUCUCGUUUUGGCAGCGCUCAAAUUUCGUCAGCUGUUACUGGUGGGUAGUUUUCCUUUCCCGAUUCAGUACGACACGCGUGACCAUUCAGCCAGCUCGGUCGACGGUCACGGGCGAGAGGCUAUUACGAGCAACAUGCAUCGUCUUACAGUCGAAUCCGACCCUCCCAAUAGCAUCGAAUAUGACAGAGGCAGGGCCAGUCCGGCCGAAGCCAUGCACAGUCACGAGAACAGCCGAAAUCUCAAACAAGUGAUCCAGCAAUGGACGAAAUCGGACCGCCUGUGCUACUCGAUCGAGUUGAUUCCCAAAGAGGACUUUGUACUGGAUCUGAGCCGUCUCAAUCCUAAGCCAAUGUUCUGCUCAUUACCGUGGAUAUCGGAUCAGAACCUUCAGUAUCAGCGAUUCGUCGACACCCCAAUGCUCAAAAUGACCGCGAAAAUUGUGCCGCACUGCUCGGUAAUGAAUCACAUAUCCUGCUACAAUAUUACCGAGACCCAGGUAGACAAGUUUAUAGAAAUGGGCAAUUGGAAUCUAUUCGUUAUUCGAGGCGACACGGUAGGCGAAAACCAGCGUUUCAAGCAUUCAUCCGAUCUGGUCGAGUACCUGCGAAGCAAGAACAAUCCUGAUAUGACUAUUGCCGCGGGAGGCUAUCCUUACGUACAUCCUGAGUCGCCGUCCAUCGACUAUGACGUCAAAUAUCUGAAGCAAAAGGUUGAUCUCGGCGUGGAUUUCAUCCUGACGCAAACCCUCUACGAUGCCGCAUCCUACCUGCAGUACGUGGACGAGUGCCGCCGAGCGGGUAUCACCGUCCCAAUCGUACCCGGUAUCUUCCUGCCGGCCACGUACGACCAGCUGGAAACGGUACUAAAUCUCACACGGGUCAACCCACCGCCGGACGUGCUUGCCAUGCUUCACUCACACGCCCUCGACGAACCGGACGCGUUCGAAGCAUUCGUGGUGAAACACUUUGUCGAACUGGUGCGGACACUGCGCCAGGAGCGGCCGGAUGAAGUCAAGCUGGUGCACUUCUUCACCUUCAACCGGAUGGGACUGCUCAAGAAGGUGCUAGAUAAAAUUGCGGAUUUGUUUUAAAAGAGGGGGUGCAUAGCGAACCCCUUCGUGAGGACCCCUAUCGUCGCAUCACUGCUGCAGUGAUAUGUGAAUUUAGUAAAAACGAGGUUCUGAUGACAUGUAAAUCAUAACAGAAAUCGUCGAAAAGUUUAAAAAAAAAUCUUCGAUAAAGAGCUUGAAGGCAAAGUUUUUGUUAUAAAUUGACGAGUCGUAAAAUUUAGUAUAAUGAAUAUCAAUCGCAAUGAAACAUUUGGCGUUGAUUUUAAAUGUUUUUAUGCAUGACUUAGCCGCAAUUAACUUUAUACCACUUACUAACAUUAUAAAAA